AUGGUAUCAGAGCUUCACCAAGGUGUUUCAGACCAGUUGCAGUUGCAGCGAAUGCAGUUACAGUGUAGGCAGUUGCAGCAGGAGCAAUUUCAGUCGAGACAGUUGCAACGGACGCAAUUGCAGCGGAGGCAGUUGCAACUCGGAGACGUUCCUCACGUUUCAGAUGUUCCUCACGUUUCAGACGUUCCAGACAUUCCUCACGUUUUAGACGUUCCCGACGUUCCAGACGUUCCCGACGUUCCUGACGUUCGAGAUGUUCCCGACGUUCCUGACGUUCGAGAUGUUCCUGACGUUCACGUUCCAGACAUUCCUGACAUUCACGUUCUAGACGUUCCUGACGUUCCUGUUCCACAAGUUCCCGUUCCAGACGUUCCAGAUGUUCUUUCAGAUGUGUCAGAGUACCUUCACUCACACCUUCAACCCGAAGAUGUUCCAGAGUUUGAGCAUAAUGUUUUAGACCUUCACCCAGAUGUUUCAAAAGUUCUUUCAGAUCUAUUUCAGACACUGAGGAAGAACCUGUUUCAGACCUUGAAAGAGGCCAAGGAAGAAGCUCUUUGGGACCUUGAAAGGAAGGAGCUAUUUGAGACAAAGGAAGUAGUUGUCUUAAACCUUGACAGGAAGUGGCAGUUCCAGCAGUUCCAAACACGGAGGAACUUGACUGUUGUUUCAUACCCUGACCUUGUUGUUCCUUAUCCAUAA